AUCUCCGCCUCUCAUGCAAGCCCGGCCUCCUACCUACUGCUCCGCAGCCGACAGCAGCUCCGCCCCUCAUGCAACAGCUCCGCCUCCCUUGACUCACAGGCAGCCCGUUCCCCAUACACAAGCCCGACCUCCUGGCGCCCCAUGCCGGAGCAGAGGCAGAGUCGGAGUCCGGGGUGGCGGUACUAUGGGGCGGGUAGAAUUCUACGCGCUGUGGUCGGUGCUGGAGGCACCGCGGCAGAUGAUCAGUAAGGGAAGUCGGAUGGGGUUCCAGCUGCCGUUGCCUCUCCCCCUCCCCAAACAGCUGCUGCUCUUCAGCCUGGGGGAUUGGACCUCAUACACCAGAGACACCGUUGUGACUGCUCAGCUGAGUACGGGGUCCGGCCAGCCGCAGCACAUAGGAAAGCUGUCAUCUGGCUGCAGAUCGCUAGUAUGGGAGGGCGAGUGGAGCCUGGACAUCGUCAUGGACUGCGUGAAACUGGCGGCUCAGGGAAUUCCAGCUAAACUGUUUCUGAUUGUAACUGGGAAGGUCAUGAAAGGUUCGGGGUUCAGUAGCAGCACUCCAGCCAGGAAAAGACUUAGUGUGGGACCACCCAGUAGCCCACUGCUCUCGGAGAGCACUAUCGCCCACGUGAGAAUACUGGAAGCUCCAAGAGAGGAGAAAGAUCAUAGUGCAGAGGGCCCCCAGCUGGCUACCAGCGCCAUACUGAAAGACUCGCCCCCUCUAAAGAAAGCUGCUUUAAAUCUGCCCCCCAUCCUCAAGGAAGCGGCGGCAGGAGGGCAAGAUCCUUACAGGAGAGCAAACGUAAUACCCAGAAAUCCCAGGAGACUACGCUUUGGUAGCAAAGGCUCUGAGGAUGGCACCCCCGGGGCAGUUUACCCCUCUGCACGGUGGUGGCAGAGCGUCUGCCUUUGUGAUCCAGAUACAGCCGUUCUGAUUGGUGGAGAAGGAGCCAAUGAGAAGCCCUGUCGGGACUCCCUGUGGAAGCUGGAAAUAGACAGUGACUUCUGGUUCCAGAUGGACAGCUUGUGUUCCGGCUCUGCUCCGCAGUGUUCCCGGGGCCACACCGCAACCUUCGACCCCGAAACCAAGAAAGUGUUUGUGUAUGGAGGGAUGAGGGAGAGCCGUUGGUUCAGCAACGUGUAUAUGCUGGACACUUUGGACUGGAAGUGGACGUUGGUCACAGCGGUGGGAAAGGUCCCCACGUUGUCCUACCACAGUGCCACCAUGUACCAACGAGAGCUCUACGUGUUUGGGGGUCUGUGUCCCCAGACAGGGACCGACUCUGGAUCCUCCACCAAUUCUCUUUAUAUCUUCAACCCGGAGUACAAGAUCUGGUACCAGCCCAUCGUGGAAGGAGAGAGGCCGCUGCCCCGAUUCGGUCACAGCUCCACGCUCCUGGGAAACCGUCUAGUCCUGUUUGGAGGUCGGCGCUCUCCUUCGACGGUUUAUCUGAACGAUGUGCAUAUUCUGGACCUGGGUGAGUGUUACAUGGAAUACACAGCCGUGUCCCUCUCACCUUCCACCGAGAAGCCGUCCCCACGCUGCUUCCACGCCGCUAUGCAGCUGUCUGAGCAUAAGCUCCUGAUCCACGGAGGAUGUUCCGGAACCGGGGCCCUGAGAGACGCCUUCAUUUUUAACCUCGACACCGCGUCCUGGAGCUCUGUCACGUUUGGGGCGAGCUCCCAGCUGCCUCGGGCCGGCCACUCCUUGCUGAACCUCACCUCCUCCCACCUGACAGACUCUGACAAGGAGAAGCGUGGAAAGCGGAGCAUGUGCAGGGUCCUCAUCAUCGGGGGGUCUGAUGGUGCUGGAAACUUCUAUAGUGACACCCCCAAGUUCAAGCUGGACGUGGGUACUUAGCGGAGGUCGUCUUUAUAUAUAAAUAUGAAAUCUGUUGUCACUGUCAAUCAGCUACAGAAGGGACAGUGGAUGGGGGGGAGGGGGGCUAUUUUAUUACAAAAUCGGCUGCACCAAAGAGUUGUACAGUAGAUUUUUCACAAUGCAGUGACAGUGAGUGGCCACUAGAGGGAGCUGUGGGGGCAGUGUUAUUGUGCUAUCACCUUGUGUUUUCACUAACAGCGAUGUAUUAUUAUUAUGC